AUUGGAAUCCAAACAAAUCUUUAACUUGAGAAAGAACCAAAAUUCUGAUUACAAAACAGAGUCAAUGGGCGUCUACGAGAAGCAGGUGGUGGUGGUAACGGGGUGUUCGGCGGGAGGUAUAGGCCACGCCCUGGCCCGUGAGUUUGCCGCGCGGGGCUGUCUGGUUGUAGCGACUGCGCGUUCACUCGCCUCCCUCUCUGAUUUCCAGGAGGAUCCCAGGUUCUUCCUGCAAGACCUGGACGUGUCGUCCGACGAGAGCGUGCGUCACGCCUUAUCCACGGUUCUCGAGAGGUUUGGGCGUAUUGAUAUUGUGGUGAACAACGCUGGAGUUCAGUGCGUUGGGCCCCUAGCCGAGGUCCCUUUGUCCGCCGUUGAACAGACCUUCAACACUAAUGUCUAUGGUACAUUGAGGUUGAUUCAAGCUGUAGUUCCUCACAUGGCAUCCAGGAAGAAGGGGAAAAUCGUCAACGUUGGAAGUGUCACUGCAUUGGCCCCUGUACCAUGGUCAGGUGCUUAUACUGCAUCAAAAGCCGCUAUACAUGCAGUCUCUGAUACAUUAAGAUUGGAACUAAGGCCCUUUGGGAUCGAUGUGAUUAAUCUUGUCCCUGGAGCUAUUAAGUCGAAUAUUGGAAACUCGGCCUUGGCUAUCUACAACAGAAUGCCUGAGUGGAAGUUGUACAAGCCAUUUGAAGAAGCAAUUCGAGCCAGAGCAACCCUUUCACAAGGCCCAAAAUCUACUCCUUCAGAAGAGUUUGCAAAGAAGACAGUGGAUGAAGUGCUCAAGGAGAAACCACAUGCUUGGCUCUGCUUAGGCCAUCAAUCUACAGUAAUGGCAAUAUUGUACCAUAUGCCCCUUUUCAUUAGAGAUUUCCUUAUGAGGAGGAAAUUUAACUGCUGACUCUAAUAGAUUUCCUUUUCACGCUGGUGGCUGUAAGAAUAAGAUUUAUUUCUUCUCUGCUGUAAUAUUCCACCCACUAUCCCCAUCAUUGUAAGAGAGUUGGCAGGAGAAAAUACAAAUAACAGGAGCAAUCUAUAGAUACAAUUUUCUCGUUUUCAGUAUGGGAAAGAUAAAUUUCUUUUCUUGAGCA